UGAAAUUUAGUAGACGAGAGCUCUUGGUGAUAAUCAUCAUCAUCUUCUGCCCUAAUUUCAUUCCUUCUAAUAAAUUCAUAGAUAUAGCAUAGCAAUUCUUCUAUUCAUUCUCCCUUUUUGUGUGUGUGUGUGUGUGUUCUGAUUAGGUUUCUCAGUUCUGAGGUUCAGUCAAAUUUAUCAUGUGCUGCUGGAGUCAGAUUUUGAGUUAGGGUUUUUCGCGUCGUUUUUUGUGCUAUGGAGGGUAACAAGGACGAAGCAUUGAGGUGCGUUCGCAUCGCCGAGGAGGCGAUUGCAUCGGGGAACAAAGACCGCGCGCUCAAAUUCAUCAAAAUCGCUCAGCGCCUAAACCACGAUUUGCCGGUCGAUGCGUUGCUGAACAUGUGUGAACGCCUUGAUUCUCAAUCCUCCGCGUCUUCCUCCGCCGCAGCCGGCGGCGGCGUAGGCGGAGCCAAGACGUCGAACGGUCCGACGAGAAGUGAGGAGGGUUUGAAUGGGGAGAGGAGUUACACGGAGGAGAAUGUUCAGUUAAUUAGGGAGAUUAAGGGUAAGAGCGAUUACUAUGCCAUUCUGGGAUUGGAGAAGAGUUGUUCCGUUGAAGAGAUUAGGAAGGCGUAUAGGAAACUUUCGUUGAAGGUUCAUCCUGAUAAGAACAAGGCCCCAGGUUCCGAAGAGGCGUUUAAGAAGGUGUCAAAGGCUUUCAAGUGUUUGAGUGAUGAUGGUUCGAGGAGGCAGUAUGAUCAGACAGGACUAGUUGAUGAAUUUGAAUACAACCAGCAAUACAAUGUUAGGCGCAGAAGGAGAAGGACAACAACAACUGCACGUGAUUUUUUUGAUGAUGAGUUUGAUCCUGAUGAGAUAUUUAGGGCAUUCUUUGGUCAAUCGGAAGUUUUUGGUAGAACUAAUGUUUAUAGGGCUAGAGGGAUGGGUAGUAGUCACCAGAGGCAAGAGUUUCAUGGUGGUGGUGGAGGAGGGCAUAAUAUUAUGCUGCUGGUUCAACUUUUGCCCUUCUUGAUUAUUAUUCUGCUUGCUUACUUGCCCUUUUCUGAACCUGAUUACUCUUUGCAAAAGAAUUACACUUACCAGAUUCCAAAGACAACUGAGGACUAUGGGGUUCAGUUUUUCGUUAAAUCUCACGCGUUUGAUGCUAACUAUCCGCAGGGAAGUUCUGCUCGUGCAGCUGUUGAGGACAAUGUCAUAAAGGAUUAUAAGAAUAUGCUUCGUCGCUAUUGUCAAGUAGAGAUUCAGAGACGAAGUUGGAAUAGGAAUCUGCCUACUCCUCACUGUGAAAAGCUUCAAAAUUUUGGAGUAGCCUGAAGGUUCCCAGAAACCUAGAGCCUUUGUCCCAUGUGUCCAUGUCUGAUGUCUCUCCUUUUUGUUGGCUUUGCACAACAUUAGUCACUUUUUCACACUUUCAAUCUUCCAGCAUGUUCUUCCUCUCCGCAUGGCUUCCAUCUCUGGUUCUCCACCUUCCUGGUUGGUCUCCAAUCAACACAUUGGCUCCAUCAAUGGAAUCAAAGGGUAGCAAUCUGUCAGCAAAGAAUUCUCAGCAGAAAAAUCUCAGCCAUGGGCCUCCCAUGUUCUGGUGGCCUUAUGGCUCUGGCAUAUGGAGGAGCAUUAACUUCUCUCUUCACGGGCUAUCAACAAACGUCUUACCUCAAUGUUUGGGGCUAGUCCCUAGCCUCAGUUUCCAGUUUCAGCCACGCCAUCCCAUAUCCCACUGCUUGCUUGUGUCUCCACCAAGGUUGUUAGUAUCGCACGAUACGCGAUACGUAUCGUGCGAUACGAUACGAUACACCAGAAAAACGAUCCCAAUCGCAUCCCUGAAUCGUUUAUGGUCAGAAUCGGAACAAAGAAUCGUUUAAAUCGUACGAUCCAGUUGCGAAUCGUGAAUCGCUACAAAUUUGCGAUUCAGGUUUAAAAAAAAAAAAAACAACGGUCGCUGAAGUUGAAAAGAUUAAAAACGUAAUCUGAAGAGUUGUUUUGCUUCAGAAAAAUUUGGGAUUUAAAAUCCCAUUUGAAUCUCAUAUAAUAACAAACAACAAAACUGAGAAAGAACAAAAAGGAAAACAAAACAAAAAACAGAGAGGAUGAGAGUUUUUAUAUAGAAGAUCAAGAAGAGGCUUUGAAGGUUCUUGAAGGUGGGAGACUCCUCGUUGCAGAGAGUUGAAAUCGGAGAAGAAGCGCAGUUGGAGACUCCUCGUUGCAGAGCCAGAGAGUUGAAGGCCGAAGGCUGAAAACGGAGAGUAGAGUACGAUAUUCUUUUAAAACUCUUCGGUCUGCACUAUUUCAGCUUCUCAUCUAUAAGAAUUUCAGCUUUUCACUAUUUCAGCUUUUAAAACUCUUCGGUCUUUCAAAUAUAUUAAAAUAUUACAAAAUAUCUCUGGGCAGCUGUCGUGUUGUGGCUGUGGGUAUGGUAAUGAGUCAUGUAAAUCAGUAAAUGUGUAAUACAUGUCUCUCAGAAGAAGCUUUUUAGAAUAUUAAAAAUCUAAGCUUUAGUGGUGUCUUGUCAACUUUGGGUAAUGGGUAUAUUGGUAUUUGGGUUUUUUUUUAAUUUGGAUUUAUAUUAUAUUAUACAUUUUUUAGUUAUUUUUUAGUUGUUUCUGAAUCUUACGAUUCGAUACGAUUCACGAUUCACGAUACUAAAAAACAGCCGAACGAUUCACGAUACGAAUUGCGAUUCAACAACCUUGGUCUCCACCACAAUUGCCCUGUUUGGCUUUGUUCCUUUUUUCUGUUUGGCCUUGUUUGUACGUGCGUUCUCUUCUCUUGUCUUUGUUUGGCUGUUUUUGUCUGUUUGGCUGCUGUAUGGCUUAUUAGGGCUGUUUCGUUCCUAGUUAUACAUCUUUGCUGUGUUCUUGGCCUCAUUUGGUUGUUUGUUGUAUUCUCUUCUAGCUGGAAGCUGUUAUCAAGUUGAUUUGAGUUGUUUCAACCCAAUUCAAGCCAGCUUUGAUUUUUAUCAUUCUACCAGUCUGCUACUCAUUUGGCUAUGCAUCAUUUCAGCCAUCUAUUGCUCUUCUUGUUGGGCAUCAUUACAGCCAUCAUUUUGCUGUGUUGCCUCUCCAGUAUUGCUUGAAUUGCUUCAUUUUGCUGUGUUAACUCUCCAGCUACAUGGUUUAUUGCACCCGUUAUAUCAACAUGUGUUUUUUUGGUUACAAGCUGUGAGCUUAGUAAGCUUCAGGUUUAGACCUUGACAAUAGUGUCAGAAUAUUUGGACUCUUACUGUUUUUUUGUCUUAUGUUAAUAUGCUUAUUGAGCUAGGUUUUUACAAGUUGUAGCACACUAGUAACCUAGAUUGGUAUAUAGAUGUUAGUGGUUGUAUCUAAUGCAUAUUUUCUCUCAAAAUGUCUUUACUUUCCUUCUGUUUCCUCACUCUUUAGUAAUGCUUUAUUUGGUGUCAAGUAGAACGGAAAAGAAAGGAAGUACUGAAAUGGAAAUGAAAAGAAAAGGGAAUAGUUUUGAUACUUCUUUCAGGCUUGUUUGGUUUGAUACUAUGCAAAAUAAAGUGGUUCAAACAUUUUUUAUUAGAUAAACGAAUAAAAUUGAUAAUUUAUUAUUUGACAUUAAUUCUCCUUUACAGUUUGGUACUUCUGUUAAUAUGUUGAUAUAUGUUUAAAUAGUGAUGAUAUUUAUGAUAACACUAAAGGGUUAAAUAGGAAUAAGAGAGUGGCUGCUACUGGAAGACAAAAUUCUUCCAUCCAUGGCAGCACGCUUUGCAAAUUUAUGGAUCCCCACAGUCCAGUUCAAAUUCGUAGGUUGCAUCCUUUCCCUUCUCCCCUAAUCACUGAUACCAAAAACCCUAAAACCACAUCAUCCCCUUUUCCCUUUCUGCAAAAUUGUAUGAUCCAUGUUUUGCCCUUUCCGUUUGAGCUUUCCUUAAUCUUAUUUUCUCCCCAAGUUUGUUAAGUUGUCAUUCCAAGUCUAAUCUGUAAUUGUCUUGUGCUUUCUUUAAAGAUUUAUUUAUGGUUCCUUUACUUACCAUGCCAAUUGCGAAAUCUCAACCCUGUCCCCACUCAACAAAAGUAAAAAGAUUAAAUAAGAAUCCUUUUUAAAAUAAAAAUAAAAAUAUGUAUUUAGAAGAGAGUUUUUGAUGCAUGUUUAAGUAUCACUUGUAUUUUUUUAGCACUUUGUGCUGCACUUUUUCUCAGUUCUUUUUCUAAUCUUCCCUUGUAUUUAAGCAUUUGAAUUUAGAAUUAUGUUACCUUUCCUAUUUUCUCUCUUUUGGCAUGCAUUGAUGUAGUCAUAUGCCAGUGUGUAGCAAAAGUGACUAAUUGGAUUAUUUUUUACUUGACUUGAGGAAGUCUUGUAUCAGGUGCUGAGCUUUUGUGCACAUUCUAUUCUUCAGGAUAUCUGGUACAUCUGUAGGAGUAGCUCUUGUUACAAGCUGUAUUCUGAGUAGCUGCCAGUCAACUACCGUGCUGAUCUUGCUCUGAGAAGUUUUUGGUAAAUAUGCUUAAAAAUGUGUUUCUUAUUGUUGGAGGAAUAUUCGGAUGGGAUUAUCUUUUUGUUGUACACGAUUACUAUGAUGCAGAACAUGGCAGCAAAUAAUUACGCAAGUCAUAAGUAUGAGUAGUGAGGCCCUUGAAUACAAGCCCAUGAACCGACUUUGGUAAAAUACUUGACGGUAACAACUUAUAUAAAGUUGAAGUUUGCAUAUUACGUGAUAAAAAAAGUUUGUGAAAGAAUGCUAUUGCUUCAUUUAAGUGAAUGAAAGAUUCCAUCAGUUGAGGAAGCCAUGUAAUCAUCAUAUUGAAUUUGAUUUUUGAUGUCGGUUUGUGAAUUUUCCUUUUCGCCGGGUAGGAGUAUGACUUUGCGUGUGAUUGGUGAUUAAAUUUUGGUCUCUGUUGACACGUCAUUCCACUGAUCAAAAACUGCCAGAAUUUUAGUAAUGCUAAUGCUUACUCAUACAGUUUCAGUCACCUGUAGUGCCCUUUCUAAAUAUCUUUUCAAUAUACGAAAUUUUUGAAUGAUUGGGAUGUGAGAAAUACGAUGGCCUUUGAUUUUAUUCCCCUCUACCCUUUCCCCCCAUCCUUUCUUAAGUUUCAUUAGGCAUUGUUUGUUAGGAGGGAUUUGAGAAGAAAUGAAAAGAAAAGUACAAAGUAAUUGGACCUGGGAUGAGUUCAAAUACAUUGCACGUUAAUUUCAAAUCCUUUCAACAUUUACUUUUCUAAAUUCCUACCUUACCAAACUUUCAUACCCUCUUCAGACCGAAGCGGCUCAUUAGUUGGUGAAUUUUGUAUGCUUGGCAUGCGUGUGGAUGAUGCUUAAACAUAGUGUUUACAUUUUGGAGUUUAGUUUUGACUGUUUCUAGUUAGACUAAGACCUUAUUUUACCUGGCGUUCCCUUGAUCCUUAGUUGCUUGUGGCUAGGUUGACAGUUGAAACUCUUGUUUAAGUUCUGAUCCUU